AGAGAGAGGGAGAGAGAGGUUGUCAGGGAGGGGGAAACGAGACAGUAAGCAAGAUUGUGCCUGCUCACAGACACACAGGACAGCACGUUGCACGGCUAAAGAAGACAGAAAUGGGUGGAGACAGGGUGGAGGAAAGAACAGGGAGAGAUUGAGAAACCGACAGUUGCUCCUCCAGACAGCCAGAGAGCUUGCCAACUACAGCCACCAUUAUCUCUCUUUUUUUUCAUCUGCGUCAAUAGAGGGGGAAAAAACCCUCUGCAUAAUUGAUCAACCUCUCCGUGUGUGGCUUUGCGGAGCUCUACUACGUCAUGCUAGGCCCAGCUCCUGGGGUUAGCUGCUUCCUGGCGGUGUUGGCGUUGGACCUGGGCCUCGUGCCGGUUCUGACACACUCUGCGCAGAAGGAUCCAGGCUUUUCCCUCUGCAGCCACUGCUUCUACAGACAGACCCCCCCGCUGGGGUUCUCUGAGGGGGGGCUCAGCUCCCUCUGUCACAGGUUGCCAGGGGGACAGGAGUUGGCCAUGCUCUACAGCCCGACCUGUGACACAGCUGUCUACUCUGCCUUCCGUCACAGCCGUGGUCGCGAGGAGAGAGAGGAGGAGGAAGGAGAGGCUGUGCCGGGGACAGAGGAGAAGCCAGACGAACCUGUCGAGGAGGCUGUGGAGGAUGAAGGGUCACAGAUAGACGUCCCUCCGGGGUUAAUCCCAGCUCUACUGAGCAGCCAAGGGGCUGAAUCGACAGACUCUCCCCUUCACUCCUGGGACUCCCUGGUCACAAAGGUGAUCCAAGACAGUUUCCUGCCCCAGUGUUCCUCCACAGGGGGUGAUGUCUUUGUCCUAACAGGGACCACGGGAGAAGAGUCAGGGGAGGCUUGUGAGACCAGGGUGGUUUGGGCUGCAGUGUGCUGUGCCGCCCCAGAGACUGGGUUUAAUGUGGGGCUCCUUAGAGACACCGAAGGAGGGGAGAGGGUGGUGAGCGUGAAGGAGCUGGAGGAGACUGUUGGAGUGACAGAGCUCUUUUCAGGAGGGUGUGGGGGGGCAGGUGAGGAGGCAGAAGUGGGAGUAGCUACUCUGGUUGAGGAGGCUCUGGCUAGAACUGUAGAACAACAGAAGGCAGAGGGAACAGUAGCUGAUUUGACAGAGGACGAGGUCCCGAACGAGGUGCAGAGCUAUGCAGCACCCGUCACCUCAGAGAGUCUCUCGUCUUCAGAAGACAACGAGGCGCUGGCUUCGGACACAGACUCGGACACAGAGUCCGGCAGCGCUCUGAUGUACAUCCUGUCCUCCUCUUUCUAUCUCCUCACCUCUCCUCUCCGGCCCGUCGUCUCCACCAUCACACAGCUUCCUGGACAGGUGACGUACGUGCUGCAGGAAGAUCUGGGAGUCCUCACUGCCCUGCCUGGAGACACCCUCUCCCUCUUCCACCUGAUGGCCUCUGACCUGGCCUCUGGCCUGGGCUCGGCCAAGGACCUGCUGGUGGGCCUGGGGCAGAUGUCCUUCUCCUGCCUGUACUCCUGCACCGCUCCUCUGCUGGAGGCUCUUCUCACCAGCUGUCAGACUGGGGUCAUGGGGAUUGGGACCCUGGCUGGGGAUGGGGUGGGCAUACUCGGAGGGAUGGUGGACAGUGCCUGGUGGGUGACCAGCUUGUUUGGGGGCAGGUUGUGGGAGCAGAGCGAGGGGUACGUGGGGGCUGUGGUGUCAGAGCUCGGGGGGCAGGCCACGACGGUGGGUGGGGGUGUGGGGACGUUGAUGUGGAGGUGUGGGAAUGGCGUGGGGAACAUUGUGAAGAUGGCUCAGGGGAUGGCCUCUCUAUAUGUGUCCCCCCAUCAUGACGACUUCAGAAGCCUUCAGGCUCUCAUUGCCGCAGAGUUCAGCACCUCUCAUCCUCGCACCAUCACAGAGGACCCGCAAGCCGGCCUUCCAGCCCGCCCUCGGCCCGCCCUUGUCCUGGGUCACGGCGAGGAGGAGUUGGUCUUGACAGGGUCCAGUGCUGUCGGCUGGUACCUGGCCUCUCAGGGGAAGAGGACUGGGACAGAUGCUAAGCAACAGAGCCAGGUGUGGCAGUGGAUGAGCUUAGCUGAUAAUGAGCUCGUUCCUGUAUCCUGUGCUGUGGUCUUCCCACUGCAGGGGGUGAAGGGAGUGGACAAAAAGGUGUUGGACCAGGCUCUAGAACCCAAAACCUUCCUGGUGGGAGAAGCCAUCACUCUAGCUGAUAUCUCCAUGGUUACAGCCAUCCUCCUGCCCUUCAAAUACGCUUUGGAGCCCGCAGACAGAAAGUCUCUGGUAAACGUCACCAGGUGGUUCACUACCUGUGUCAACCAGCCAGAGUUUCUGAAGGUCCUGGGGAAAUUUACGUUGUGUGAGAAAAUGGUUCCGGUAACUCCCAAGACCACCCAAAGCCCUGCUGCUAAUGCUGCUAAUGCUAACCCAGCCGAUCCUCCUCCUCCUGCUGCUGCUAAUGGACCCCCAAAGACGGAGGCUCAGCUGAAAAAGGAGGCGAAGAAGAGAGAGAAGUUGGAGAAGUUCCAACAGAAGAAAGACACGGAGGAGCAGAAGAAGAAACAGAAGCCAAAAAAGGCCAAACCAGAGAAGAAGGAGUUGGGGGUGAUCUCAUACGACAUCCCGACCCCACCUGGGAAAUGA